AUGGAGUCAUUGGAGUGUAGUACUGCUCGGCCAGCUGAAAGUGCGUCUUUGACGAAUCGGCUAAGGGUGAAGGAAGAACUGGUUCUAGGGCAUGAACUUGCGAACCAGCUUAGCAGGGUUGUUUCUAAUGGGGAUUUCAGAUCAGCCGAAGGCCUCGUUACAAAGAUCUUGUGCUCCUUCAAGAACAUCCUUUACAUCUUACAAGGAAGUAAUCCUGGGUCUGAGGAUCCUCCGGAGGAGCUUCUUUCUCAUAUGCGAGCCGAUGCUAUUGCUUUAGCUCCUCCACUACCACCUCCUCGUCCUCCUCCUCCUCAAAUUCUAGAAUCGUCAGCUUGGGAUGCUCAUACGGCUGUUAAGAGACGUGCUGCGUUCACGGAUCACAGAGGCUCAUUCAAGAGAGGAAAGAGGAUGACUUCACAAGCAUGGUCCAGAGACGGUCCAGAUUUCAAUGACGACGGUCAUGCAUGGAGAAAGUAUGGAGAGAAACAGAUCCAGAAUGCUAUCCAUUCAAGAAGCUACUUCAGGUGCACUCAUAAGUACGAUCAAGACUGCAAAGCAAUCAAGCAGGUGCAAAAACUUGACGAUGAUUCGCAGCUCUUUCGGACUACAUACUAUGGAAAUCACACAUGCACCAACAGCAUCCUCCAGGCUCCUGCAUUUGUUUUUGAUAGUACAAGCACUACUCCAAAGGAAGCGUCUGAUUCCAAGUUUAUGCUUAUAUAUGACGACACAAGCAACAGCCUCACAAACAAUCAAGAACAGCCUUUGUUCUCAUCCACCGAAAACGAGCUCAUGAUCAAGUCUAGUUAUACUACCGGCAGCCAGUCAUCAUCACUAUUAUCUAGUGGUUAUCUUGUGUCACCUGAUACAGUGGUGGGUGAGCCUUGUGAACCCAUUAGCGGUAUGCCACCACAGAUUGAGCUUGAUCUUGAGGACAUGUUUCUUGAGGCAGAGAUGGGACACUUAUUAUACGAUGAAGAAAUUUUUCCAUAUGAACUUUGGUGAAUGCCUUCCGGACUUGACUUUUCUACUUUUUGUACAGGUACUGAAAAUCAGUAUCUCUUCGAUCAGUUUUCUCCAUUUUCUUUCAUAAAUCCACUUGACGUUUGAUUAUGCAAUGAUCAACUUUCAAAUCGCAAGCUAAA